UGUGGGCGCUUCUGUCCGCCGUCAUUUUUGUUGACGGUAGCAGCAGCAGAAGAGACACAAUGAAGUCAGUAUUGGUCGUGUUUUUUGCUCUGUUUGUAGCUGGUGCGUGGUCUUCUAUGCCCGGAGGAUUAAGAGAUGUGGAUUUUGAAGACUCUGGAAUGAGAAAUGCCUUGGAGUUGGCUGUGAACAAGCACAACCUCGCCAAAAAUGACAUGUUCAGAAGCGAUGUGGUGGAAGUGGUCAAGGCUCAGUCUCAGGUGGUGGCUGGUUUGAAGUACAUUAUAACAGUCAAAAUGGCCAGGACCAACUGCAGGAAGAACAGGCCCAAUGAAGUGUGUGCCCCCACAGCAGAGCCCUAUCAGUGCACAUUCACAGUCUGGAGCCGCCCCUGGUUGAGGGAAAUUCAGGUGUUGAAUGAGCAAUGCCCUUAGAAAUACUGCUUUACCUGCCAAUCAAAUCGCUAAAGCGUGAUAGAGCAAAUUAACAAUGAAAUAUUAUUUUUUAGAGCAACCCAGUCUCAGAUCUGUAUUGUAUUAUAUAGGCUACAUUUUUAUUAACCAGAAUGCAUAAUUUUUAUUAACUCAAAUAAUUUCAUUUUUGAUAAGGAAAAUUGUGACUGCUUAUUGGCCCAUACAGUAUUGAAAUAAACUACUAAUUUGUCAAUGUGUGUUAUUAUUGUUGAAGGUCUACCUGCAUUUGUUUGGGUAUGUACACCCCCGGAUCUGAUUUUAUUUCAUUUUUAUUUGUGACGGUGGCAGAUGUGGUCUGCUCAAAUCUGAUACUAUCUCUGUGGCUUUCUCAUUUUGCAGGAUAAUUGUAUUGCACUUUGAAGGAUUGCCAAAUUUGUCUUACUGGAAAUAAAACAAAAUGUUUAAUGUUAAAAUGUCACUAAAUAUAGAUGUGUGUAAGGGGACGUUUGUGACACAUGAGGUCUGAUCAGUCCACCUGUCUGAUCAGUGCACUGUUGCUGUUAGUAUUGCUUCAUGAAUGUACAUUUUGUGUAGUAAGUGCAUUACACAUCUCUAGAACAGUCAUAUAACAAUAGUACUGAAGGCUCAGCUGCAUAAAUGAUGUAUAAGAGUAGGAGAAAUCCGUGAAGAAACAAAUAGCCCACUUCCCUGUUAGUGUACACAGGGUUUCAAAUACAAUCCAAUAUAUAUAGAAAUUACUAAAACAUGUAGGUCUAGGCUUAUCUAAUUCACUUCAGAUGGCUCAUUGUUCAUUAAAUGUCAGUAAAAAUAAAUAUAUUAAUGUGCAAUUAGUUUGUAUAAAAAGUGGCGUUAUUAAAUUGCUAUCGACUAAAUAUUGACGUCCACCCCGAGUCUGCUUGCAUAAAAGUCACACUAUCUCAGAGACUAGUGUCAUUUUUUAUUUUUUUUUUAUUUUUUUUGUUUUAAACCAAAAUCACUUUUGAUACUACAAUAUAAGAAAUGAACCCACUGGUUACAGUUGUGGCUCAUGAUUUCAUCUAAGGGGAAAAAAGGGCAUUAAUGGGUUAAAUACUCCACUGCUAACGUCAGCGAGCUGGAUAAAACCACUCCUUUGGUCAGAUCAAUGGUCAGACAUGAAGACUCUCGAAAAGUCUGAGCUCCAAGUGGCCGAGAAAGUCCUCAAGAAACACCUUCCAAAAAGUUAUAAG